AUGUCAGCUGAUGACAUGGAGAACAUCCGCGCGUUCAACUACAAGGUUGAAGCUGACCUGAGCGCGCAGAACUACACGAAAUUGCGCCGUGCAUUCCCUUCCCUCAAAGACCUUCUCACACACAAUCGACUCCAGACCCGUAUGGCCUUCCUAUCCGGUCUCUCGCCGUCCCGCUUCGAUUGCUGCGUCAACUCAUGCUGCUGCUUCACGGGGCCAUACACGGCGCUCGAGCAGUGUCCGUUCUGCCACGCGAGCCGCUAUUCUGGCAGCUCCAGGCGCCCUCGCAACACCUUCAACUAUCUACCCCUCGCUCCUCGCCUAUCCAACAUGUUUCUCAAUGAUGACCUGGCAGACAGGAUGCGGUAUCGCCACGAUUACAAGACACGCGCAGGACGCACUGCUGAUGUCUUCGACUCGAAGCUCUACAAGGAUCUGUGCCGUCACCACGUCACCAUUGGUGGUGAGGAGCUGCCGCACAAGUUCUUUCAGUACGGCACGGACAUCGCGCUCGGCAUCUCAACUGACGGCUUUGCCCCCUUCAAGCGCCGCAAGCAGACUUGCUGG